AUGCUAGCAAGAAUUCGAGGAAUUCAGCGAGGUCUACGGUGCUGUGGAGUAUCAUAUCGUGCCUAUCAUGCCGGUGCAACCGAAUUCGGUCACUUACCGGACCCACCAAAGAGCGCCUUUUUACCAGAAGGCAGCAUGAGACCAGAAGAUAGCCAAAGAGUGCAUUUGAUAAAUGCCUUUCGACGAUACGGAUACUUACAAGCUCAACUUGAUCCGCUUGGGUUACAACCAACAAAGGAUGUUCCCGAGCUGAACCCUGAAGUUUAUGGUCUCUCACCUCAUGAUGUUCUGCCGGAAAAGGAUCUCAGUCUGAAUGAUCUUGCAGAGCAGCUCCGACUAAUCUAUUGUGGACCAAUGGCGAUAGAAUUUAUGCAUAUUAACAAUUGGGAGGAGCGACAGUGGCUUGCUCAAAACUUUGAAAGUGCCGUUGCUGACCAAAUUAACAGUGAAGACCGAGUCAAGCUAGCUAAGUUGAUGCUCAAGUGUGAGAAUUUUGACCAUUUCUUGGCACUAAAGUUUCCAACAGUGAAAAGAUAUGGCAGCGAGGGCGCCGAAGCGAUGUAUGGAUUCUUUUCGGAAGUGUUUGACUCGGCACCGGAGAGAGAUAUCCAGCAGAUAUUCAUUGGAAUUGCUCAUCGUGGUCGUCUCAAUUUGCUGUCUGAAAUGAUGCAAUUCCCAGUAGUACAGAUGUUCCGGAAGAUGAAAGGAAAGCCUGAAUUUCCGGAAGACGUUCAAGGAUCUGGCGACGUGCUGUCGCAUUUGACGUCUUCUUUUGAUCACAAAUCGGCCGAAGGUACUGUACAUAUCUCAAUGUUACCGAAUCCUUCCCAUCUAGAGGCGGUAAAUCCAGUAGCCAUGGGAAAAGCUCGUGGAAGAGCCAGGUCUCUAGGAGUUGGUGAUUAUUCCAAAGAUCGUUCUGCCAGAACUGGCGAUGGAGUAUUGACAGUACUUGUUCAUGGUGAUGGUGCAUUUACUGGGCAGGGCAUCGUAUGGGAAUCGAUAUGCCUAAGUCAGGCUCCUCAUUUUAGACUCGGUGGUACAAUCCAUCUGGUCACUAACAAUCAAGUAGCGUUCACUGCUGAAGCUCACAUUGGAAGAUCAUCAACUCACUGUACAGAUAUUGCAAAGGCUUUCGAGUAUCCAGUUAUCCACGUUAAUGGAGACCAUCCAGAAGAGGUUGUCAAAGCAACCCGUCUGGCGAUGGCUUAUCGUGACAAGUUCCGCAAGGAUAUCUUCAUCAAUAUGCAGUGUUAUCGACGUUGGGGACAUAAUGAGUUGGAUGAUCCAUCGUUUACGCAACCCAUUAUGUACAGAAUUAUCGAAAGCCGUGAUUCGGUACCUCGCCAAUAUGCUGAUGAACUUAUUUAUGAAGGUUUGCUGACAGAAGAUGAUGUCAAGGCCGAAAAAGAAGCACAUUCCGCAAAAAUGAUGGAAGCGUUUAAAACGAUUGAUUCAACACCACCUGUUGCAAAACAUCUUGAAGGAAACUGGAAAGGAUUUAUCCAGGCGCCGGCUGAGGUUCAAAAAUGGGCGACUGGUUGCGACGUGAGCCUGCUGAAGUACGUUGGGGCAGCAUCAGUCAAGGUUCCUGAAGGAUUUACAGUUCAUCCUCAUUUACAAAAAACACAUUGUGAAGCAAGGAUCCAGAAAAUGGUGGCAGGGGAGAAUAUUGACUGGGGAACCGCUGAGGCACUGGCCUUCGGAUCACUGCUACUGGAAGGAAAUGAUGUUCGAAUCAGUGGCCAAGAUGUUGGACGGGCUACAUUUAGUUUUCGACAUGCCAUGUUAGUUGACAAUGAUACGGAUCAAACACAUAUCCCAUUAAAUUCUAUUACCGACAAUCAGACAGGUUUCUUGGAGAUUGCUAACAACCUUUUAUCGGAAGAAGCAAUACUAGGAUUUGAGUUCGGCUACUCGAUCGAGAACCCACGACGGCUUUGCGUUUGGGAAGCUCAGUUUGGGGAUUUCUUCAAUGGAGCUCAGAUUAUCAUCGACACAUUCAUUGCCAGCGCUGAAGGCAAAUGGCUGACUCAGUCUGGUUUAACCUUACUACUCCCUCAUGGAAUCGACGGUAUGGGUCCAGAACAUAGUACUUGCAGAAUGGAAAGAUUCCUUCAACUGUGUGACUCUCAUGAAGAUCAAAUACCAGUUGAUGGAGAGAAUAUCAAUCUCCGAGUUGCGAAUCCCACCACUUCAGCACAGUAUUUUCAUCUUCUCAGAAGGCAGGUUAUCCCCAACUAUCGAAAGCCACUAAUCGUUGUUGCUCCUAAGAUGCUGCUCCGACAUCCGAAGGCCGCUUCCUCUUUGUCUGAAUUUGCACCAGGAACGCACUUUCGGAAUGUGAUCGACGACAACACAUGCAAACCCGAAAAGGUUACCAAGGUUAUUUUAACUUCUGGCAAACACUGGAUCGCUGUAGAAAAAGCCAGAGAUGAACGAGGUCUCAAAGAUACGAUAGCUAUUGUUCGUCUCGAGAGUCUCUGUCCAUUCCCUGUACAUGAUCUCAGAGAGGUUCUGAAGCGGUACCCGAAUGCGAAAAAAUUCGUAUGGUCUCAAGAAGAAGGUCGCAACGCCGGCGCUUGGUCGUUUAUCCGACCACGAUUCGAAAAUGCGCUUGGAAUUUCGCCAAUUUUUGCUGGGCGACCUGAAUUAGCAUGGACAGCGACGGCAAUCGGUGAACAUCAUGCAAAAGAAGCCGAAGAAGUGAUCAGGAAGACGUUCGAAGUAUAG